AUGGCCACUGGGUUUCAGCGAGCGCUGGCCAGCGAGUGCACUGGGUGGACUGGCACAGAGUUACAGGCCUAUGCAACAUCGUACUUGCCGUACGGCUGCAAUCCGGAGGUUUUAACUGGGACAACAUCAUGCGGCGAGACCUACAUUCCACGCCCCUUUAAAGUGAAACAUACCAACAUCCCCACCGGUGUCACACCGGCGUUCUCAAUACCAAUAACCAAUAUCGAUUGGGACAUUGUGAUGUCCACCAUCAUUCUACCCGCUGACGCCAUCCCCCGGUCAGAGCUAGAAGGCUGGUACAAGUGGCCAUCGCCAUCAACUCAGUCCCAAUUCACGACCGACCUUUGGAUCGUUGACCACAUCCUCACCGCCCCAGCCAGCUGCCCAACCCCGUUCGAGUUUACCACAUCCACCAGCCUCCAACCCUGGGCCGGCUGGUUCCCGUCCGAAUUCCUCACCGAGUACAUGCUCCCCAAAGCCACCGUCCUCCCAGUCCAGACGCAUUCGACAAAGGGAUACAACCCAUCACUAGUCAGGGAGAUCCACGUCAAGCCGACUGAUCUACCCCCAACCAGCCACGGUGGCCCUCAUGCACGCACAUACUAUGACUCGGUUGUCAGCAGCCUCAACACAACUUACGUCCAGGAGUGCCAUCGCCCUGGCGGGCCGCGACCGCUGACUCAAGAGGAACGCUGCCCUUAUACUUACGCCGGGAAGUGCAGCAAGGUCGAGCCGUGGAAGGUCAUCAUCGCGACUGUCAUCCCGUCCGUCUUUCUUCUUGGAUUUGUCGAAAACUUCUUUUGGUUCGGGCGGCUGAUGAUGGGCAGGACGGCCCUCCGGUUGGAAACGGUUUGCUGGAUAUUAAUCUUCAUUUUUACUAUUGGGUUUACAAUCGUAGAGGAUGCAAGGAAGCCGGAGGACCAGUCCGAUCUGAGGGAGCAGUGGAAGGCGAUGCCGCUUAAAAUGAAGAUCAAAUUAUGGUUUCAGUUCGGAUUCAGGCAACGGUACCCGGUGGAUUGGCUGGGGGAAAGAAAGCCGAGGCGUCAUGGGGAGAACAUCGAGAUGGAAAGACGUGGAGAUACUGGCGGCGGUAAUGGAGGAGCUGGGACAGGAGGUCGGCGGGUGGAGGACGAUACGCCUCUGCCGGUUUAUCCUGGUCCUCCUUCCUCGGUGGUUGGUGGGACUACGGCUGCUUCUUCCGGGCCGGUGUUGGGUAAUCCAAACGCAGUGCUCGCAUCAAUGGGGUCUGGGACUGUUGUCAUUAGUUCGAUGCAGACUUCUGUCCAGACUCAGUCGCUCGUGUCCCCUCAGCGACCUGACCCGAAUACAGGGACAGCUGGUGAUGGGUUUCGAGCUGUUUGA